CACCUGGCGAUUACGUUUUACUUGAUAGUGACACGAUCCGAGUGUGUCAGUUCCUGAGCCAAAAUGGCACGUUUAAUGAAACAACGCAAUACUUAUUCUUCUACUACUCGGCCAUACAAACAACCCUUAGCCUUGUAGGCACAACCCUGUCACUAGUGUCGCUAUUCACAACGCUCGUCUGUUACAUCACGUUUCCAUCUCUUCGUCGGCUCGUCAGCAACCAGCUUAUCAUGAUCUUUUGUGGCACCCUGCUAGUGGCACAGUGUCUACUCUUGUUUGGCGGUAUGGCGAGCUCGGUGUCUGAACGCCUGUGCAGCGUUCUAGCGGCAAUAUCGCACUUCUUGUGGUUAACUACAUUCACCCUGUCUUCUUCAAUCGCAUACGAUCUCCGUCGAACCUUUGGAUCCAGCAAGACGAUCAGGGUAUUGACAACAAAUCGCAAAGUCCUCAUAUUUUACUUAUCAUUAGCCGCAGGGUUGCCUCUGCUAAUUGUGGCUACCUGUCUUGCCCUGAUGUUCUUCGUAGAAGGCAUUGAUUUGCAUUACGGCGACGAACAAACAUGUUGGAUUGGCGGAGGGCAAUCUAACCUCAUAGCGUUCGGCGUCCCAGUCCUUGUGUUGCUGGUGUUCAAUUUCUCCUGUUUCUUGGAUACGAUGCGUGGCAUAUUGAAGAGCAAAAGGGAAAGGAAGACCUUGCAAGAGGGAACAGAAAACCAGAAGGACCACCAGGAACUCCUCAAAAUUGCCGUUAAGAUCUCUUCACUCAUGGGCUUCACAUGGAUGUUUGGCUUCAUAGCUGCUUUCAGCAAACAGCAAGCUGUCUGGUUUGUUUUUAUCAUCAUCAACUCACUCCAAGGAGUUUACAUAUUUCUGGCUUUCGCUGCUACCCGCAGAGUCUUCGAUCUGUGGCGUGGUCUAGUGAUGGGCAAGUCGUCAGGUACAAGCCUGCAUGACUCCUCUCAGCGGAUCAAGGAUAGGACGACGACGACCUCUGUACGAAAUACAUCCAUAUGAUUGGGUGGACGUCUGGGUUUUGGAUUUAACCAAAACCGCAUCUACUGUAAUUGACACCACC